CCAGCCAUUCGGUAUCACCAUGACUUGUCCACCACUGUCAGCGAGGACGCAAAUGCCAGACCUUCGCCUUCCGAAUUGCUUCGGUUCUCUGUAACUGGCGCAAUUGAACCACGGUAUGAGCCACAGCCAAACCUGCACUUGCAGGAGAGACUUCGUGGCCUGUUCGACCAAGAGUGGACUUCCACCCCCCAGCAAAAGAAGCAAACAUUCAUCUUGAACAACACCUCUCGCCUCUCCACGUUAAGAAACAUUGUUGAAAGAUAUGUGCAGGAUAGGCAAGGAGCUCAAUUCCUGCAGAGCGAGGACUGCCGUCUUCUUUCUCAUGCUCUCCGACGUUGUGUGCGACAUUACCCAGAGGCCGAUGUUGUUUUGGUAUUGCGUGACAUUAUUGCAAGGCUUCAAAAGAUUGAGGCGCCUAUUCUGCCUCAACUCUACGCGUUGGGGAUGCGUUAUGCGCUGCUCUCUCUGGACGCUUCAGCCCUCGCACACUUUGUGAAGGGCUUCAGUCGCCAGGGGCAUCGGAAAUUGAAUGAUAAAAUGAGCACAAUGGUAGCCGAACCCGGCUCCAAAAUCCUUUCUGCUGCCUAUCUUGAAGAUCCACGUUACGAUCCAAGUCCUAUGCUUGCCGUGAUCACGGGCGAAGGAGAAAAAGGGUCGCAGAGCCAAGUCAGACUCCACGAUCUCAUGGAAUGGAAUGUCUGUUAUAUUCAGAUACUCGCAAGACUAGGGAGUCGGGCACCGUUGCACAACGCAUGGAGCUACUUAAUGGACCAUGGACCUGGGGAAGCCCCGAGUGAUCAAAUUCGCGAUCUAUGGUUUUCCUGCUAUUCCGUCGUUUCAAAUUUGAUUUACGCUGGACGUUCCACAACGGCUCUGAACUUUCUUAAGGACAUUGCUCAACGCAACGGUAACAGACUGCCUUAUAUCCGCAGAUUCAACUCACUGCGGACUCUGCUCGAUGAUCCGAUUGUGGGCGAAGGGUUACCCCAUCUGAUCACGGAAUAUGAGUACGUUCGGAUAUUGGAGAGAGAGGUCUCCAACAUGGAGCAAAGGAUGGGCAUUGAGUGGGAUGGCGAGCGUCAAACCCAUACUGCCCCCAGUUUCGCCGAGUCUACGAGACCGCCGCCAUUUGGUGACGAACCACUCAUCACGAUCGAUGGCGACUGCCAGGGAUACGACAAUCAGAGGCGUUUGUUUCACGAGCUCGAAGCGUCUAUGUUUUCCAAAUCACCGGAAUCCUGGGGUCGGACUGUGGACAUACUAAACGAUUGCGACGAGCGACCUUGCCACUUUGCCGACCCCACUGUCAAAAAUGCCCCUUGGCAGGUUCGUUUCUCACCUCAACACUCGCCAAUUGAGUUCUCGGAUUCCCAGCUUCCCGACUCACACGACACGUCUAGACCCUGGACUCCGUCUACCUUGGGGUUAAUGCGCGCUCAUCGGAUUCUGAAUGGUGUUCCUCAGAUGGGACAUCACUGUUUACAUCUGAUGCAACUGGGGACAAUGGAGGUUCAACAUUUUGAAAACAGCCCAUGGGAGCGUACCGGAUAUAUCGUGACCUGGGAUCGCAUAAACGGCAAUUUUCUCGCCGUCAAUGUCGGGCAGAGCACGGGAAUGAUUGAUCCCGGACCGGUACCAAAAUCCGGCCCGUUUGGAUCGGUGAUGCCUCUCAUGUUUGAGGACAGGCCGUACAAAGGAAAACUGCAAGUCGGAUGGUUUGCAGCCGAUCUUUACCUGGACAUAGAUCCGAGCCCCGAUCUUGGCUUUUGA